ACCUGUGGAUACAGAGCUGACUGUAUGUCUUGAGGAGGAGACUUGAGGUUCAGAGAGGCUAAGUAAUUUGCCUAAGAUCACACAGCUAGUUUGGGGGAGGGGUUAGGAAGCCCUCAGGAUUUGAAUCUACCAGGUCCAUAUUAGCUCCAGUGUCUGUUUUUAACCCAAGCCACAGCUGCCUCUGAGUUGGGGCCACGGUUCCUAAAGAGUCUGGGCUGGUCUGAGUUAGAAGUCAGAGAGAAAAAGGAUUCACCCUGAGUAUUCUUGCCUCCUGAUUGAGUUUUCCAAAAUCCAAGGAUGCUCAAGCCCCUUAAUGUUCUAGGGAAUUCCCUGGUGGUCCAGUGGUUAGGACUCCACACCUUCACUGCCAUGGGCCAGGGUUCAAUCCCUUGUUGGAGAGCUAAGACCCCACAAGCUGCACAAUGCAGCCAAAAAAUAAAAAUAAAAUGGUGGGGGAGGUGGGCCCCACAUAACCCUGGUUUCCCAGGAAGGUGGCAGAAAGGCAUUGCAAUUUGCUAGCUUCAGCCAGCAAGAAGCAGAGAGCCUGACCUCUUGACACCCAGUCCAGCACAUGCUGCCUCUGAAGCAAGAUGGGAGAAGGUAUGUGAAACCCACUUGGAUCCAGGCCUAGGAGAGAGGUGGGAAAGGCCUGCCUACUGUACUCUUCACCUGUACCAGCUCCCCUGCUGGGAGCAAGUUCACUCUGCCAGGCUGCGGUAAAGGCAUUUUUACAUCCAACAGCUCUGAGCUUUUCAGACAAGGUAGGAGGAGCUAACUGUCCAAAAUCAUUCACGUGUUAGGGGGAUCUGGGAUGUGAACCCAGGCAGCGAUACCACGGCUGAGGCCCAGGGAGAGGUGGUGAAUAGCCCAGGGUCACACAGCCACAGCCCCAGAGCUAGAAACUGCUGGCCCCCUUCCAGCCCAGCAAAAGCAAUGACACCUGACUCCUAGCAAAUUGGGGGUGGAGCAGAGGUGGAGCUAGGGAGACCCAGGUGGCCUCUCUUGAGAACCAGAGCACAGGCGGCAGAUUGACCUGGAGCAGCAUGAAGCAGAGCUGGGGACUGAAGCUGUUCAUCCUGGGAGCCGUGGUCCACAUAGAGGGUCUUCAAGCAGCUCAGCGUGCAUGCGGGCAGCGAGGCCCUGGUCCCCCUGAGCCUCAGGAGGGCGACACGGUGCCUGGCGAGUGGCCAUGGCAGGCCAGCGUGAGGAGGCAGGGCAUCCACGUCUGCAGCGGGUCCCUGGUGGCAGACAGCUGGGUCCUCACUGCAGCCCACUGCUUUGAAAAGGAGGCAAUGACAGAACUGAACGCCUGGUCAGUUGUCCUGGGUUCUCUGCAGCAUGAAGGCCUGAGCCCAGGGGCUGAGGAGGUGGGGGUAACAGCUCUGCAGCUGCCCAGGGCCUACAACCACUACAGCCAGGGCUCAGACCUGGCACUGCUCCGGCUCGCCCACCCCGUGGCCCACACACCUCUCUGCUUGCCCCGACCUGCCCAUCGCUUCCCCUUUGGGACUUCCUGCUGGGCCACUGGCUGGGAUCAGGACACCAAUGAUGCUCCCAGGACCCUACGGAAUCUGCGCCUGCGUCUAAUCAGCCGCCCCACGUGUAACUGUCUCUACAACCGCCUACACCAGCGGUCACUGGCCAGUCCAGCCAGGCCCGGGAUGCUGUGUGGGGGUCCCCAGCCUGGGAUGCAGGGGCCCUGUCAGGGAGAUUCCGGGGGUCCUGUGCUGUGCCGCGAACCCGAUGGACACUGGGUUCAAGCUGGGAUCAUCAGUUUUGCAUCAAGCUGUGCCCGGGAAGACACUCCUGUGCUGCUGACCAAUAUGGCUGCUCACAGCUCCUGGCUGCAGGCUCGAGCUCAGGGGGCAGCCUUCCUAACCCAGAACCCGGAGACCCCGGAGAUCAGUGAUGAGGACAGCUGUGUAGCCUGUGGAUCUCUGAGGAGAGAAGGCCCUCAGGCGGGAGCUCCUUCCCCGUGGCCCUGGGACGCUAGGCUGAAGCACCAAGGGAAGCUAGCUUGCGGUGGAGCCCUGGUGUCAGAGGAGGUGGUGCUGACUGCGGCCCACUGCUUCAUUGGGCGCCAGACCCCAGAGGAAUGGACAGUAGGCCUGGGGGUCGGCCCAGAGGAGUCGGGCCUGAAGCAAGUCAUCCUGCAUGGGGCGUAUACCCACCCGGAGGGGGGCUAUGACGUGGCCCUCCUGCUGUUGGCCCAGCCUGUAACCCUGGGCCCCAGCCUGCGGCCCCUCUGCCUGCCCUAUUCGGACCACCGCCUGCCUGAUGGGGAACGUGGCUGGGUCCUAGGGCUGGCCCGCCAAGGAGCAGACACCAGCUCCCCUCAGACAGUGCCUGUGACCCUCCUGGGGCCCAGGGCCUGUAGCCGCCUGCACGGAGCCCUCGGGAGCAAUAGCAUUCUGCCGGGGAUGGUGUGUACCAGUGUUGUGGGCGAGCCGCCCGGCUGUGAGGGCCUGUCGGGGGCACCACUGGUGCACCAAGUGAGGGGCACAUGGUUCCUGGCUGGGCUGCACAGCUUCGGAGAUGCCUGCCAAGGCCCCGCAAGACCUGCUGUCUUUGCAGCGCUCCCCACCUACGAGAACUGGGUCAGCAGUUUGGACUGGCAGGUCUACUUCGCUGAGGAGCCUGAGCCCGAGCCCGAGCCCAGAAGCUGCGCGGCUAACACGAGUACGUGGCCCUGGGGCCUCCUGCCAACACCUGCCUCCGCAGACCCCUUCUCUGCCGGCCUGGGGCCAUCUGUCCCCAGCCACCUCCAGCUGCAGUGGGUGGAGCCGUGGACGGAGUCAUGGGGAUUCAAGUACUAGCUCUUGUCAUUGACUGGUUAGGAGCACACCUCUCAACCUGUGCAGCCCUCACUUUUCUCAUCUGUCAUAGGGGCUCAGGGGCACCUCCUUCCUCUUCCUUUGAGGGAGGGAGGGAAGCUGUGAGCUCGAGACCAACCCCACCCUCCUUCCUCUCCCUGACAGGCCAGCCAGCCAACUGCUGACAGGUGGCUCUGGGACGCUGCAGUCACAGCAAGGCAACUCCCACAAAAUUGCUUCUCUCCCAUCCAGCCCCCUGCCUUUCCCAGGCAGGUCCGACAGCGCAAAGGGCUCUGGGAAGGAACCUGCCCUGAAAGCUC